AUGGGGUCCAGCGGCUCGUCCGCUCCCGGAACGCCCCGUCGACCCAACGUCAAAUAUGUCAGUCCAGCAGCGCUAAAUCUUGAACGUCUUUACGAACAGAAUCGAGCGCGAUUACAACGACGAGAUGGGGCCCUGUCCCCGACGAACGAUGUGGCGGCCGCAAACGCGGGCAAGAGCAAACCAAGACUGUUGCUCAUGGGCCAGAGGAGGAGUGGAAAGUCAUCCAUCUCGAGCGUCGUGUUCCACAAAGUACCGCCCUCUGAAACGCUAUUCUUGGAGUCGACAGUGAGAAUUCAGAAAGACUCCAUGGCGUCGUUCAUGGAUUUUCAAGUUUGGGACUUUCCUGGCCAGAUCGACUUUCUCGACAACCCAAGCUUCGAUAUUGACGCAGUCUUUGGCGAGAUCGGCGCGCUCAUCUGGGUCAUUGACGCCCAAGAUGAUUACCUCGAGGCGGUAUCACGACUGAACGGUACUAUCCUGUACCUACAGCGCAACUAUCCCUCCAUCAACAUCGAGGUGUUUAUCCACAAGGUCGACGGCCUAUCGGACGACUACAAGCUCGACAUCCAGCGGGACAUCACCAUCCGCAUCCAGGACGAGCUGUCGGAUGAGGGCUUCGAGAACGCCCCGGUCACGUUCCACCUCACCAGCAUCUACAACCACUCCAUCUUCGAGGCCUUCUCCAAGGUCAUCCAGAAGCUAAUCCCGCGGCUGGGCCAGCUCGAGGCGAUGCUGACCAACCUGUGCCGCACGUGCCGCUUCGAGAAGGCCUACCUCUUCGACGUCAUGUCCAAGAUCUACAUCGCGACCGACUCGGCGCCGGCCGACAUGGCCAGCUACGAGAUCUGCUCUGACUACAUCGACGUCAUCAUCGACGUGUCCAUGGUCUACGGCAGCUGGAGCCGCUCCAAGGCGCACCGCGACCGGCUCGAGGGCCCGCCGUGGUCCCAGCGGCUCGAGGACCAGGUCGCCGUCUCCUUCGCCGAGAGCCACAUCGUCGUCAACGAGGGGCUCAGGCCCGUCAUGCUGCGCGAGGUCGACCGCUACCUGGCGCUGGUGGCGAUCAUGAAGGAGGGCAGCUACGAGAAGAUGCCACUGGUCAACAUGAAUGUCGAUGUCGUGGCCAAGGGCCUCACCGAGUUCUUCGAGGUCACUAGGAGCAAGUAA